AUGCACAGAAUUAAUGUUUCAGAUGGGCCGCCGGUGAUUAAGGAGCAUCCUAGCAACGUGGUUGCACGUCGCAAUGACCCAGUCACACUCAACUGCGCAGCUUCAGGUGCCACCAGCAUCAGAUGGUUCCGUGACGGCAAGGAGGUCAUUACAUCUACACAAGACCCUCGUUCUCACCGUGUUCUACUGCCUGCUGGCUCGCUUUUCUUCCUCCAUGUCACCUCCACCAGGAAGGACAGUGAUACUGGCACAUAUUGGUGUGUAGCUUCCAAUAUUUAUGGCGCUACACGCUCCCAGAAUGCCACCUUGACUGUGGCAAUGCUUGCAUAUGAAUUCCAAAGCCAGGCAGAACCUUUGGUGAAGGCCCGCAUUGGAGACUCUGUCUCCUUACAUUGUCAGCCACCAGCGGGCACUCCUUCACCAGAGGUGACAUGGCUGAAGGAUGGUCGCCAGAUGAGUAACUCCAGCCGCAUCAGUAUCACCCAGAUACUGGUCAUCAACCAGGCCAUCCAGGAAGACUCAUCAACCUACACUUGUCGUGCCCGUAAUGCUGCUGGAACAAGAGAAUCUUCACCGACCCAACUAAUUGUGAUGACUCCGCCUAGAUUUGAGGAGAGACCAGCCAACGUUACAAGUCCAUCAGGAGUGCUAGUGGAGUUGAAGUGUAGAGCUCAAGCAACUCCCGCUCCUACAGUGACCUGGCGCAGGUUAGAUGGGAAGAUGCCUCUGGGUCGUGUCAGGAUAGAGGAACAGCAUCAACGCUUGGUGUUGGAACAUGUGACAGUAGAUGAAUCUGGUAUUUAUGUGUGUGAGGUGGAGAAUGAAGCAGGUAUCGCCAUAGCACAGGCCACUGUUAAAAUCGUCGAUGCCCCUGAGUUGGCAGAUUCACUGCAGAACUUUCAGGUUAUGGUUGGAGAGGAGGUAACGAUUUCAUGUAAUGUUAAGGGUGAGCCUCAACCCCUGGUACUGUGGCACCUCCCCACGUUAGAUAGAACAGCUCUUCUAACUCUGGGUCAGACCAAGGGCCAUUCUUCUGUGUCUGAUGAUGGUCGCUUUCUGAUGCUAAGGAAUUCAGCUAAAGAGGAUAGUGGCACAUAUUACUGCUGGGGUGUGAAUAGUGGCGGGGGUGUAAAAGGACAGGCAGAAGUGACAGUUGUGUCAGCGCUUCCACCACCAGUAAUGGGCAUCAAACCCAAAGAUCUUACAGCUGCUUCAGGAGAUAUUGCUUCUUUCCCUUGUGAGGUAGUGAGCGAGGCAGCUGAAGCCACCAUCUCCUGGUGGUACAGUCCAUCUGUUCACCUGCUUCCCCGUCAACUCUCCAAAGACUCUGUUGAUCCUAGGAUAUCGCUUCCAGACAAUGGUGCUCUUAUUCUCAAGAACGUGAAUCUAGAUGAUGCAGGCAUCUAUACCUGUCGUGCAACUGCAGUUACUGGCACUGUGGAGCAGGCAGCAGUACUGCGAGUAGAGCGUUAUGGUAAAGCAAGUGAGCCCCUGUUGCUGCCAGCACCUCCCACCAAGCCACGUAUUAUAGCAACGAACCAAACAUCUGUGCAAUUGAGCUGGCUUCCCAACUCUCAAGUGAGCGUAGAGUCAGGUCAGUGGUACACCGUGGAGUACUGGAGACCGGGUUGGGAUGAAUGGCGUGUGGCUGAUGCUGCUAUGAUGCCAGAGUCGUGUAUUAUAAGUCACCUCACACCAGGACACACCUACACCUUCUUGGUUCGUGCUGUCAACAGUAAAGGGGCGUCAUUUCCGAGCCCCUGGUCAGACCCAGUGACCACCAACCUUCCUCGUGACCCUAACCUCACAGUGGAACAGGUGCGACAGGCUCGCCGACGCCUCUCUCGCCCCAUCGUCACUCUCAUUAAUGCUACAAUCACUGCCCCAGAGAGUGUGCUACUCAACUAUGAAUUCCUGACCACGGCAGAUGAGUCCGUGGAAGGAGUGUUGGUGUACACAGUAGCUAAAGUGGGUACAGUGCAAGUAGCUACUGUCCUGGGCACCUCAUCUACUUCCCACCUCUUGCAUCAUCUUCAUCCCAACACUCCCUACACCUUCUUUAUCGUCCCUUUCUGGCACAGCAUCGAGGGAACUCCCAGCAACUCUCACUCACUUACCACGCCAGAAGAUGGUAAGUUCUUAUAUUUUACUAAUUAUUAUUUCACUCUGCUUCUGAAACUGGAUUAAACUCUUCUCUAGAAGAGAUUUACUUCUCAGUAGGUUAAGUAUUCCCAUGAUAGCAACUUAAUCGUGGUAAAGGUUAAGUUGCUCUCCCAUAUAACAAACUUGACUGAAAGCUUGGAACUCCUUACCUUAUCCUUUUCAACCAAAACAGUUGGGAAAUUACCUCUUUCACCAAAAUUUGCUUCAAGAAUUAUUUGGUAUCUAAAUCACUCCUGGUGUGGUAAACUCUCGCAGCUGUGAACUUUGUAUAUGAAGGCAGUUUGCAAGCCUACAGUAGUAAAGUUUCCCCCCCGGUGGCUGCCACACCACGAUGAAGAUACAAGCCUACAGUAGUAAAGUUUCCCCCCCGGUGGCUGCCACACCACAAUGAAGAUACAAGCCUACAGUAGUAAAGUUUCCCCCCCGGUGGCUGCCACACCACGAUGAAGAUACAAGCCUACAGUAGUAAAGUUUCCCCCCCGGUGGCUGCCACACCACGAUGAAGAUACAAGCCUACAGUAGUAAAGUUUCCCCCCCGGUGGCUGCCACACCACAAUGAAGAUACAAGCCUACAGU